ACCAAGCUUUGAAAGCAGAUUAAACUGAAGUGCACCUCUCUUCCAGAGCUGUGAGACUCUGAUCGGACUAUCUCGUCUUUACUUCAUUUCUUUACCGGAGUGAUCUUUCAAAGGGAUGGAUACUUCAUGAAAGUGUGGAUGUUUCUGUGAGAGGCACCUUGGAGCUAUGGAAACAAACAAGAGUCCAUGUUUGAUGCAAGAGCUAAGGACCACCAGAACAAGAAGACAGCAACUUUAUUACUGAUGGAAUAAGACUGUCAUGUUUGCUGCCAUAUGACAGACACCAAAUCAGCCUUGGAAAAGACAACAAGUGUCUUGAACUGCAAAUGAAAAGUCAGGUCUAAGAAGCACUGGAUGACAUCAAUACUGUAUGUGCACUGCAUAUAGUUAUAUUGGUGUGACCAUUAAAAUACACCAGUUUGUGUACUGAACUGCUUAAGAUUGCCACAGUGGUUAACAGACUGAACAAAAACUGUCUUAAUGAUGACUGGGAUAAGUGGUCAAAAAUAAAGCUUUGAAGAACUGGUGAUGCAGUACCAGGAUAAGUUCCUCUGCAACGUAUCAGUGCAAUCUAGGAUAAAUGGAGGAGCGGGACCGCAGUCGCUCACCGUCUCGCAGGACCAGCAAAGUAGAACAGGUGGUGGGACGUUGGCUACGUCGCUCCAGGGAGUCCAGCAGCCGAGAGCGUGUGUUGGAGGAUGGGAAUGCUGCCGAAAAUGGCUCUCAGGACCAGAGGAGCUGUCCGAUUAGUGUCAUUAUUAAAGUCCCACUUGACCCCACCCUAAACUCCCAUGGGUUUACGGUCUCAACACACACUCCACCCCUGGUGCUGGAUGUGACAGAAGGAGGUCCUGCUGAUGGAAAGCUUGUCCCUGGUGACCAGCUUAUGAAAAUAAAUAAUGUUGCUGUUGAUGAUUUAUCCAAAGAGCAGGCUGCUGACAUCAUCAGGGAAUGUCAGGAUACUGUAACAUUGACUGUCCUGAGAUAUACUGGGCCAAAGUCAUCUUUCAUAACUCCAGAGAAGAGAGCCAAGCUGAGGACAAACCCAGUUAAAGUGAGAUUUGCAGAAGAAGUGGUGGUCAAUGGUCACUCGCAGGGUAACUCUUUGCUGUUCCUGCCUAAUGUGCUGAAAGUCUACCUGGAGAAUGGCCAAACAAAGGCUUUUAAAUUUGAACCUAAAACCACUGUUAAGGACAUAGUGAUGACCCUGAAGGAGAAACUCUCGAUCACCCGUAUCGAAUAUUUCUCUUUAGUACUGGAACAACAAUACAGCAGCAGCAAACUACAUCUACUGCAUGAUGAGGAGAUCAUUCAAGGGGUGGCUGAGAAGAAGGAGAUUCAUGACUACAGGUGUCUGUUCCGAGUUUGUUUUCUGCCCAGAGACUUUGAGAAUAUGUUAAUAGACGACCCUGUGGCCUUUGAAUAUCUAUUCUUACAGAGCGUGAGUGAUGUUUUACUGGAAAGGUUCGCAGUGGAGAUGAAAUGUAAUACAGCUCUCAGACUGGCUGCACUGCAUGUACAGGAAAGACUAGCAAGCACUGGACAAACUCUUAAAACAUCACUUAAGGCUGUCUUGAAGGAGUGGGGUAUUGAAAGCUUUAUUUCCCACACUUUACUGCGCAACAUGAGAGAGAAAGACUUGAAGAAAGCAAUCAGUUAUCAUAUGAAGAAACUUCUAGCUCAGGAGCCUAAGCAAAAGGUGAUCUCAGUGGACCAAGCUAGACUGAACUACUUAAAUGAGAUAGCUGAACUGAAAUCAUAUGGAGGAAAGGCUUUCAGUGCCACUAUGAUGCUGCAGGACAGAGAGUCAACAGUGAGCUUGUUGGUGGGAGCUAAGUAUGGGGUGAGUCAGGUGAUCAAUCACAAACUGAGCAUUAUGACCAUACUAACAGAAUUCAGCUGCGUUACCAGAGUGGAACUGUUUCCGGAAUCUGAAAGAGUUAGUCUGGUCAAAAUCUACCUGCAAGAUAUCAAGCCAUUAACCUUGUUGUUGGAAUCGGUAGCAGCUAAAGAUCUAUUGUGUCUGGUUGCUGGAUACUGCAAACUUCUUGUGGACCCCCAGAUCUGUGUUUUUCCAUGGCCAGCAAAUUCAAAGAACCACCGCAUAUCAGCAGAAGAAGGUUAUGUGUCACAUUGUGGCAGUGACUCUGAAGACUCAGAUACAGACAUGGAUGCUCUCCUUGCUCAUGUUGCUAGUACCAAAAACAACAAAACAACAGUUAAGCCCAGUGAUGAUCUAGAUGGAGAAACUGAAAAACAAAGUCUGAUGGAAAAAGAAGAGGCGGAGAGGGACAGAGAGAAAGAAGAGGAAGAGAUGGAGAAAAACUGUGAAAGGAAGAAAGAAACCAGCCCUGAAUUUAUAACUGCUAAUAAUGAAGAGAGGGUAGAAAAAGAUGAUGAAAGAGUGGGAGCAGACAAUGAUGACAAAGAGCAAGAGAACAAGCCUAAAGAUCCGCAGUGUGUCGUUAUUGUAGAUGACCCAACAUCUGAAGCAUCUGAUUCAUUCCAGACUGAGUCACUUUUCAUGACCAGCAUCUCCAGUGACUCUAUAGAUGCUCUAGAGGAGGAUGACCUCAUGACAUACUACUCUGCCACUUACCCGUGGCAUUUACCAGUGAAAGAGUCUUUUUGCAAUGUAGACCACUAUACUCCAUCAUUGUCUCCAGUGCAACUGCAGAGCAAAGACAGUCAUCCCCUAAGUGACAUGUUCUCUGCAGAUUCAAAUUGUGAGUCUGAGGUUGACCAAAUCUUUGCUUUUGCUGCACUCUCAAAUAUUGCUGAAUGUCUCCCCAGCCCACCUGAAGCAAGUGAAGAUGAGGACUGUGAGGAUCUAGGAAUAGAGAAAGAAAGGCACAAAAAGGGGUCACCUGAAAAUCAACUGAAAAGCACAGUUCCCUCUUCUGGAGAAUAUGUGUUCUCAUUUGAGAAUGACACUAGACACUACUACAAUAUUUGCUCCAAUGUUACCCCUGACAGUGCCCGCAUUCCACGACCUUUCUCUCCUUCAGGUUCUAAGGAAGGACAUGGUUCUAAGGGAGGACAUGGUUCUAAGGAAGGACAGAUGGAUCUGCAAAAAGUGGAAGUUAAAGUGAUGGAAACAGUGCCGAUUUUUCUCCCCCCACCAGGGUUUGGAGACAGCAGUUCAGACGAAGAGUUCUUUGAUGCUCAGGAAAAAUUCAUAUCCCCUGAAGAUCUCUCUUCAACUGCCAUAACAAAAGAAGAUUCUACUCAGUCAAGCACCAGGACACGCACACGAAGGUUAAAUCAGACUGGAAUAUGUGUCAGUGAACAAGAUGCAGAUGAUUUAGAAAAGAAAGAAAAGAAGGAAGAAAUGCAGGAAAAAGUGGCUAUUCAAGAUCAAUUGUCAAGGUUCCAAAAAAGGUCCAAGAAGCGGCGCUCAUUCAUGGAAACAAAUUAUACAUCCCUAGUAUCUUUUCCAGAAGAGGAACAAUUAGGCAACAGCGUCCCAAGUUAUGGUUCUAUAUCUCUCAAGCCCGACACUGGCCGGAUGGCAUGUUUUGAUGGUAGUUGCUUAGAUCAAAGUCUGUGUCCAACAGUCUUAUCCCUGACGCAUUCUGAAGGAGAACCAGCACAAUUAGAAUCCAAACCUAUCCACCCAUUUAAACCCAGUGGGUCAGGACUCACCACGGAUACACAAGCAGGGUCACAUUCAAACAAGGCAUAUCAGCGGAAACAGCAACUUAUAGAGAUGGAACCAGACUCAAUGGAGUGCAAAUCAGUCACUGAGCAAAUGUCUACUGUAUCACCAACUAUAGUAGCAGUACGUUCACCCAUGGGGCUUCGGGACAAAGGUAGUAGCAGCAACCAUGGAAAUGAUGAUCAAGAUGGGGGUGCAGUAGGAGGUUUGGCUGAGACACUGUUUGGAGGUCACUUUGAUACAUCUAGAGAAACAAGUGACAACAGUGGAUCAUCUAAAGACCAGGCAUACAAACAAAUGGAAUCUUUAUUCCAGCGCAGAACAGUGCCCCUCAAGAGCAGCUCAUUGCCAAGACUGGGCCAAAAAACCCAACUUAGUUUGCCCUGUGUCCAUAUCCCAAGUAUAUCAUAUACCACAAGCCCAAAUAUAGACAGGGAUAUGAACAACGAUACUUUAGUACUAGAAUUUGGGCUGGGAAAAGACACAGUAGAGCCAUCAGAGAGGGCCAGGCGUCACAGCGUGUCUUCAACAUCCGAUAAUGAUGCACAUUACCCACCCAAGCACUUAUUUUCGAAGAAAGAAUCAGAAUCUGACAAAAAUGACAGUUCUUGUGACCCAUGCAUUCAAGAACUGUCUUCUGGUAUUUUAUCUUUUGAACCAGCCCAAAACUUCUUUCUUACACCUUGUUCAUCUGGAAUCCUUGGGCGACUCUCUGCCUCAACACUACGGGGAAAGAUCCAGAACCUCCCUCUCUACCUAUCACGUUCUCAGGAAAUGCUAAGUGGUAAUUCCACUGCAAGUAAUGUUAAAUCUGUAAGAAGGCUUUCAGAAUCACAACUGAAAACAAAUGAAGUUGAAGUGGCAAAAGAGGCAACUGAGGAUAUAACUUCGAAUGAAGGAGUUGCUGAAGUAAAAAAGGUAAAAGUGGUUACUAUAGUACCUGAAGAGGUCACUGAGAUUAUUGAAGAGGUAGGAGAGGUCAGCCACAUAAAUCCACAACUAUGUGGACAGCAGAAAAGUGAAACUAAUCCCAAAGAGUUUUCUGGAAUAACCUUGUGUCCUAGGGUCCAACUCUCUCCCAUAGAUUCUUUCCAAGUCAGCCCUUCGUCUGUAGUGGUAACCACACAAAACUUAAAUGUACCCUGGAAGGUGGUAACAUCUAAUGAAGUUAGUGGAUUUCAAAAACAUAGCUGCUCUCCUUUAAGCACAACUCCCCUUAACUUUAUAUCCAGCUGUGGGGUUUUCACAAACUGCAGGGCAAAACCUACCACAGGCCAGCCACAAUCUUUGUCCAGCCCAUAUCAGCAGGAGAAACCAGAUGUAAGCUGUAGCUCACUACUGGCUGCAGGGUGUGAGACAGUAAUGGACGAUGCCCAGACACCACUCGAGGCCUGCCAAACAGUAUAUACAAACUGUUUCAGUGGAGUCCUAGAGAGCGCUACCUUUGAUGAUGAACUUACAGUCUAUGAAUUUUCCCACAGAACAAACCACAGUGAAGCAGAGGAGGCACUGCUAGUGUCUAUUCCUCCUUCUUCUCUCUCAGCAUCCCCUGCAUCUUUCUCACCAUCAUCUCCAUUGCCUUCAUUUCCUCAUGUUGUACUGCCACCUUCUUCAUCUACAGAGCUCGGUCUUCUUCUGUCCCCUCUUGAUACCACUGACUGUUUUCUGUCGGACACUCACGAAGAUGCAGUCACUGCCCUGCUGACACGUCGGUAUCCUCUACCACCAAGGGGAUUUCUUUCUUUGCAGAUGGAUGUGGACACACUCUUAAAUAUCCUUGUUAGUUCUAUGAAGAAUCAAGAUGGGGUCCAAGAGCACCACAGGGAUACCUGUGUGGCUCAUUUUUCAACAAACAAAAGUCGACUGCAUGUGGAAGCUCGGGGGCUAUUGGCUGGGUGUCAGCAUGUGGUGAGGGUUGGGCAGACACCAGAGGAGACACUUCAAUCACUUUCAGAAAGCUUUCGUUCACUGGUGCAGCUGACCAGUGUGUGUUUGUGCUUCUCCAGCUGCCAGCGAUGCAGGGAGCGUCAUGCCCAAGCGCUUACAGGACUAGCAGAUGUUACAAAAACGUAUCAGGACUUCGCUCGUGCGGCAGAACUAGUGGGAUGUGCUGCUGAAAGGAACACUUGUCAUGAGCUCAGUAUUAAACUCCUUGCUCGCCAAUGCACUGCACUGACAACCUCAGUUUUCUGCCUCACCCAGCUUUUUCGCACUCUUACUGCCCUUUGACCUCUGAACUGUUACAUUUUGUAGCAUUUCCUAAACCAAAAGCUACAAGCUAUUUGACAGAAUAGCUCUCUGUUUAAACGCGAAAGUGGUUCGAAUAGACAUGUUAAGAUAAAUAAAUAUUGCGGCAGUUGAUAUUGUCCAAAUGCACUGGCAUACAAAUAGUAAGCAUGCACUAAAACAUACAUUUGCACACAUACAAAAACUUAAAACCUGCCUCUGAUUUUUUUUUAAAUGCAUUGACCUACAACAUUUAGAAACACAACUUUGUACUAAUAAGCUGGAAUUAUUUGUAUGUUAAUUAUGAGGAUUUACAAUUGAAUGUAACCGCUAUUGUCUUUUUACAAUGGUUAUCUGUUAUUUGUUCUGCAUCAUAUAGGGAAAGCAUAGACAAGGACUUAAAAUACUCUACGCUCUC